GGGGUCACGUGAACGGGAGCGCAGCGGCCAUCUUAGAAUCGGAGAAUCCGCAGAGAAGCGGCGGCGGCGAUAGUGUGUGAGAGAAAGCGAGAAGGAGAGACGGAGGCGGACCACUCUGCUUUGUACCAGAUUUCUUUUAGGUGGUGGUGAGACAUCAAGUCAUCAGAAUAUACUCUGCAUACCUAUUCCUGUCUGUAGUACAGUUUCAUUAACACUUGGAAUACUGUCCUAAUACAAGCUAAAAGGGCGCGGAGCUGGUAUCCAUAAUCUUCUGAUGUACUUGUCUCUAUGGCUGCCAGCGCUAGACUUCGUGUCAGAUGCUGUCCCCACCAAUAUCUGAACUAAAAUACAAGCUACGAAAACACUGAUACUGAGACCAAUUGUAGUAUCCCUAUCGCCAUCCUAACUGACAAAAAAAAUCCAGCUGAGCCUCUGGGGGAGAUUGUUGAAGCAAGCAAGUAUUUUUUUUUUUUUUGAACCAUAAAAGGAAUACAAGAUUAAUUCAUCUAUUGUUGACCUCUCAGAACAACAUACCUUGGGAGUCUCCAACGCUGCUUGUAGGUUGGGGGCCUGACCGUGGGUCAAGAACUGUUGUCAAAGACAAGGAAAUGGCAGCAGAGACUCAGACACUCAACUUUGGACCAGAAUGGCUUCGUGCAUUGUCCAGUGGUGGAAGUGUUGCGUCCCCACCUCCUUCACCUGCAUUGCCAAAAUACAAAUUAGCAGAUUAUCGUUAUGGACGAGAAGAAAUGCUAGCACUUUAUAUGAAAGAUAAUAAGGUUCCUGAAGAGUUGUCAGAUAAAGAAUUCCUGGCUAUUUUACAGGAUGAACCACUUCUGCCCUUGGCACUUGUACCUCUUACAGAGGAAGAACAGCGAAACUUUUCAAUGUCUGUCAACAGUUCGGCAGUGAUGAGAUUGAUGGGGCGGGGAGGAGGAGCCCCACCAGCAGGGGUGGUCAGAGGCCGAGGUGGUGCCAGGGGCCGGGGUCGAGGGAGAGGAGAAAGCGGUUAUUACCAAAGAAGUUUUGAAGAUGGAGAAGGGGGGUUUGGUCGUGGAGGACGUGAAAUGCUAAGGAGUCAGAGCUGGGAGGAAAGGGGUGACAGAAGAUUUGAGAAGUCCGGCCGUAGAGAUGGAGUACGGGUAGGGUUUGAGGAAGUGGCUCCAACCUCGCGCAAGCAGGAUUUUGCUCGCUCUGACAGUGAGAACUGGCGAGCCAUCCGCGAAGAGCAGAACGGCGAAGAUGAGGAUGGAGGUUGGAGGACAGCUGGAGCAAGAAGAGAAGGUGAUCGGUGGCGACCUCCUAGUCCAGAUGGUCCUCGCUCCGCAGGCUGGAGGGACCAUGCUGAUCAGCGGCGGCGCAGGUUUGACUUUGACUUCCGGGAGCGAGAUGAAGAGCGUUCGUACAGGCGGGGCCGGACGGGCAGUGGCAGCUAUGAAGACGAGAAGGAUAAUUUGCCCGAAUGGUGCCUGGAAGAUGCAGAGGAAGAGAUGGGGACAUUUGAUUCAUCUGGGGCUUUCAUGUCUUUAAAGAAGGGUUCCAAGGAGCCAAUUCCUGAAGAACAGGAGCUGGAGUUCAGGGGAAUGGAUGAAUUGGACGAGCGACCGGAAAAUGAAUACGAUAUGGAAUUUUACAAGGAAUCUGAAAGGACAGAAAAUGGUGAUGCAGACAGAACAGAUCUGCACACCGAAACAUUCAACGGCAAGACCUCUCCAUCAUGCUCGUCUUCCUCUCCCUCGGAAUCCCAGCCCCAGGAAGCAUUCCUUCCAGUACCUGAAGAAUGUGAGGCAGUUGUACAUCGGGCUGAGACGGAUGUGACUGAUUCUGUGUCAGAUACGCAAGGACACAAAGCUGUUGAUGAAGCUGUGAAUUUGGGCCAGCCUGCUCAGCUGAGUCCAGCCACAGUCUCAACUUUAUCAUCCUCUUCACCUUCCUCAUCUCCUCCAUACCCUGGCACCGCUGCUGAAUUCAUACCAGCAGAUAAUGACGACGAUGAAGGGAUGAAACGGUUUGAGCAGGAAGCUGAAAAAAUGGUUGCAUCGCUUCACGACAACUCAUUAGACGAUGAGCGGUUUGUCGAGAUGAUGCAGGAUCAAAGGAGUCGAGCUGCUGCUGCUGCCUUGCCCCUCUCACAUGAGGCAGCUAUGAAAUGGUUCUACAAAGAUCCACAAGGAGAGAUUCAGGGCCCAUUUACGACGCAGGAAAUGGCUGACUGGUUCCAAGCUGGAUACUUUCCCAUGUCCCUGCUGGUCAAACGGGGUUGUGAUGAGGGUUUCCAGCCUCUGGGAGACGUGAUAAAAAUGUGGGGAAGAGUGCCUUUUGCUCCUGGACCCUCCCCGCCACCAUUGCUGGGCGAUAUGGACCAAGGGAGAUUGAAAAAACAGCGAGAGUUGGCAGCUGCCCUGUAUCAUCAGCUUCAGUACCAGCAGUUUCUACAGCUCAUAAACAGUCGGCAACAGCUCUUACAGUGUGCACUGCAGCAGAAGGCAAACAUGACACCCCAACAGCAGCAACAACUUGUGCUGUUCCUGCAGCAGAUCCAGAACCUCAAAUCCAGGUGUGCAGAACAAAAUUUGAUUCCUCCUAUCAACAGAUCUGUGUCAGUUCCCGAAACUGGGUCCCUCUGGGACCUUCCAACCUCUGCUUCACAGCCCUCAGGCUGUGAAGCAAGUAGUUUGUGGGAUUCAGCAUCUCAGGGUCCGCUACUGGAACAAAUUCAAAAGCUGGAGCGAGAGAAGGCUACAAAACUGAAGCAGGACCGAAGAGAUGUGGAGCUAAGGAACAAAAGGGAAGAGGAUGAUAGAAAGCGACAGGAUGAAAUCCGAUGGCAAGAGGAAGAACGCAAACGUAGGGAUGAAGAUGAGCUAACAAGGAGGAAACAGGAAGAGGUGGUCCGAUUUCAAAGGGAGCAGCAAGAGGAAGCUGCCCGGCGCCAAAGAGAGGAAGAGGAUCGAAGACAAGAGGAGGCCCUGAGAAGACGCGAUGAGGAGGAAAGGCGGCAGAUGGAGGACAUCCUCCGAAAGCAGGAGAAGGAUCGGCGAUGGAUGGAGGAAGAGGAGAGCAGGCGCCAGCUGGAGGAAGAGGCCAGGCGCAGGCUUGCUGAGGAGGAGGAGCGGAAGCGCAAAGAGAUGGACCUGCAGCUUCAGCGGCAGCAGGAAAUGCUGAGGCACAGGCAGCAGCAGCAGCAGGAGACACUGAGGCGCUUGCAGCAGCAUCAGUUGGCUCAUAUAAAGAUCCCUUCUUCCACUACAUGGGGGCAGCAAUCCAACUCGGUACCACCUCUUCAGAAGUUGGAGGAGGAGCGGCAACGCAGGGAGGAGCAGUGUCGUCAGCAGCAGGAGAUAAUGAAGGCACUCCAGCAGCACCAGCAGAAGUCACCUGGCUGGAACAGUAUUCCCAAGCAGUCUAUGUCUGUAAAAUCACUACUGGAGGUGCAGCAGGAACUACAGAAACAGCAGCAGCAAAGGGCGCAGGCACGAGCUCAUUCUAGUAUACCUAUCAACAACUCUUCAGUAUGGGGAUUGCCUGGUCAAUGGGGAUCUGACAUGAACAGCAUGUGGAGUGUGCACGAAACCAAGAACUCUAACAUAAGCCUGUGGGGGGACGAAGCUGUGAAGAGCACAGGCCCUGUGAUCAGGAAUGCAGGGUUGAAGAACAGCAGGAGCAGUCCUUCACUAAGUGACUCGUAUGGAAUUCCCACCCGACCAAGCAAGAAGAAGACUGAAGACGAGGAAAAGUUACUGAAGCUCUUCCAGGGAAUGAGCAAAACUCAAGAUGGCUUCACACAGUGGUGUGAACAAAUGUUGCAUGUCCUCAACACAGCCAACAACCUGGAUGUUCCUACGUUUGUGUCCUUCCUUAAAGAAGUGGAAUCGCCAUACGAGGUGCAUGAUUACAUUCGUGCAUACCUGGGUGACACCCCUGAGGCCAAAGAGUUUGCCAAGCAGUUCCUGGAACGUCGUGCCAAACAGAAAGCCAAUCAGCAAAGGCAGCAGCAGCAGCAACAGUUAACGAAGGAGCUUUUGGGCCUCACUGGGAAUCUCUCUCUGCAGCCUGACAGAUUACAGGACUCCAUCUGGGGGCUCGGUUCAAACGGCUUACAGUCACUGUUCCAGGCUAAUCACAAUAGCGCACAACAGUCAUCUUAUGAGAGCUCCCAAGCUGGGAAAAAGAAAAAAAAGCAAAAGAUGGUGAGGGCUGAUCCUAGUAUCCUGGGCUUCUCUGUGAACGCAUCAUCAGAGCGACUGAAUAUGGGAGAGAUAGAGACGAUGGAUGAUUUUUAAACAAGGUUUUUUUUUAAGUUCCUAAAAGCUGCCUUUGACUCCUUAUUGACCGUACCUGGAACAUGCUUCAUGGUAGGCGUCCGCAGUGAUGAAUCCAGGAUCUCCGCUCCCUGUGCUGGCAAGAAGUGUGAAAAUUCACUUAAUUUUUGUUUUGUGAACCCUCUGGGUACUUCUACUCUUCAUUGGAUGAAGCACCUUAAUAACCAUGCACUUUAUCAGACAUUGUACAUAGACUGAAACUGGAGGUUUUCUUGAAUAUAAAGUUCCUUUUUUUUUGGAAAUAUAUCUGCAAAACACUGUUACUGUUUUUAAAAAAAAGUGUUUUUUUUCUUUGAAAGGAUGUGGAACCUGAAGAAAUGCACUUAAAAGACUGAAUCCAGAACUGGAACUUAUGGUGUGCUAUAGUUUGGACAAUGUGAUUUUUGAGUGUUUAGGUCCCUUUUUAAACAAAAAAAAAGGCAGAGAGGAUCAGGAGGCCACUUACUCAGUUUUACUUUGGUUGCACAUAAAGCACCGAGCUACAUUGGACUAACCCGGACAGCACUGCGCAAGAGUGGAUUUUCAGCAUUUACGUGGUGCUUUAUACAAGGAAUGUAUAAAAAAAGACAAUAAAUACAUACUUGGACAGAGUAGUUCAAGUGGACUGCUGCGUUGACAGCUUUUUUUGUUUUUUAUUUUUUAAAAGAAGCUAUUUUCCCCACCCCUUUCCUAGGUUAAGUACUUGUUAACCCAGGAAUCCAAGCUCACCGGCAGUAACGCAGAACUCAUGCUGUCUUGUCAGCCACGUGGACUGCAAUGCACCCGGAAACGGAUGGCGGCUGACGAGUCGGAAAAAAAGAGGAAUGGAGAGAGACCAGCCCUCCAGUUCGCUUUGUUCUUCAAAAGGUUGCGAGACAGCGGCAAACCGCUACAAAGAACUAGUUUUUUUCAUCACCCCCCCACCCCUCCCCCCACCUUAGUCCACUGAGGUGACUUAACAGCUGUGCAAGGGCUGUACGCUAUAAUUACCACUAUUCAUGUGGGACCAUUUCAGUCUUGUGUCUUUUUGUUUAAGAGGAUAGUUGUACUUUGGUCUGUUUGUGUGUGUGUGUAUUUUUUUUCCCAAAUAUAAACUUCUGUUCCCUUUCGGAAUAGAUCUAGAGUGGUAGGACUGAAGUGCAUCUUUGAAAGUCAGCUGCUUUGUAUUUGGACUCUGGUGGAAUGGCUCCCACUGAUAAUGCAUGUGUUUUUUUAAAAUUCUUUGUUUUAUCAAACCACAACUUGUCUUAAAGCUUUAAGAAAUGAAGCAAACCACAAAUUAGCAUCCAGAAAGUCUGGGUGAAAAAGUGUGCAUGCUUCACAGGUGACUCUUUGGGAAGAUUGGAACCACAGCGAUGUCUAGUUGACUUGUGACAAGACAGAGUAAAAUCAAUAAAUGUUUGUAGAGUAUAUUUUUUAAAAAAAACCUUUGAGGAGAGACAACAAAAGGAACAGGGGUUCAGGUUUGAUUUGAAAGCUACAUCAGCUGGGCACAGAGCUUUACAGUGCAGAAUUAUCCCAGGUUGCAAACUCUGGUGCCUCCUGGCUAAGGCAGCAGUACAUUUCUUCAGUUCCCCCCCCAAACCAAGGUCAACAGUUUCUGCUAGAAUUAUCCAUUCUGCCCCAGUGGCUUCUGGUAUAUGGCAUCCAGUGGAUCUGGAAGUGGGAUUAGAUAUGAUUGCAUGUCUGCUUUCCAGAUUUAUGGAUGUUUGAAUCAAGAUGUUUGUGGGAUAUUGGAAUGGGACCUGCAGAGAGUUUGUUUGCAGUACCAGAGAAGGGAACCUGGGUUGGACACAGUGGUUUGGAAUUGAUUGCACGUCAUUUACUCAUUGUGGUAACCAUGGUUAUAAUGUAAUUGAGUGUAAAUGUAAAGACCAUUUCAGUAUUAACAGACCUCAAGUGUACUUUCACAACUCAGUGAGUGCAUCUCAGAAUUUGUUGGCGUGAAAAGGCUGUUUGCAUCUCUCUAAAAGCUUUGUCUCUCAUUCCCCCCCCACCCCCAUCCCUUCAUUAAAUGCAUUCAACUAGCAAACACACUCCAGAACACUGUUUAAAAUAGGAAAUGGGCAUGAGGAAAGUAAAUGUGCAACUGGUUACUGUGUCACCCACAUAUGCGUGUCCACUUUCCCUACAGCAAACAGAGGCAGCAGCUUUAAACCCUGGUGUCAUCAGUUUUAUGCCCACCCCACUCAAUACACCAAUGGUGCACCCGUGCAUUGGUUAAUUCCUGCAGUGGAUGCAAGGAGGGAAAGUGAGUUUUGUUGUACAUGAUGGUAUUUUCCUUUUCUAAUUGAAAGCUUAUGAACUACAUUGUGCCUGCUUUGAGAUUACUGAUUCUGUUUUUCUUUUUUUAAAAAAACCCAAGCAUUUGGGGAAAGAAAUGUUAUCCUCGUAAUUGCCCUAAAGUAAGUUAAUUGGAUUGUUUGUUUUUAAGGCUAAAUUUGUUUAAAUUGGCAUAAGUUAGAGGCGCUUUUUUUUAUUGAAUGGGCUGUGCUGCAUUAAGUCUGAGUUGCACUUUUGAGAAUCCAGUUUGUAAACAGUGUUUUUAAUUGUGUGCUUAUUCACAGGUCAGCACUUCCUUAAUCGCAUAUGCUGAGGGAAAUAUACACACAAAAUUAAGAAAGUAAGAAAGGACUGUAGCAUUAGAUGCAGCCAGAAGGCACAACUUGUCCUUUACCAAGGUACCCUGAAUUUGAAUUUAUCCCCAUGUAAAUCUCCUGUUCCCCACACUCCCUGCAUCCAAAGCCGGUAAUUGUUGUAAGUGGUAACCUGGUUGGAGUAUGCACACUAUUCAUAAGUUUACUUACCUUCUACAUGUAGGUUAGCAUUCAAGUGGUGUCUUUUGACAAGCAGGCUAGCACUACUUCCAAAUUCGGGAAAAUACGCACAAUAUUCUUUUCCAAGUGGGUUGGGCACAGUGAGUCAGUAACAGUCAGUGACUUCAAACCCACUAAAGAUAUUUUUUUUACUGUCCAUUUCUCCCAGCAAUCAUAAUGUAUACUUUUUUUUAAUAUAAAGUUCUCCUGGGUAGACUGGUUGGUUGCAAUUUGCAAAACGUGAUCUUCCCUGUGAAAGAGUUCACUGCUGCCACCAAGCUAGUUUACUUCUAAUUGUGGUGUGGUAUGUUCUGAAUUGGUUCCUUCAAAUGACUCCACCUUCAUCCACCAUGGCAGUGUAACAAAGCUCGAGGCCCUUUCUUCCACCUGUGCCCCAGAGUUGAGAUUGCAAAAUAGGUAUUUGUACUGGUGGGUGUUCCUCAGAUGAAUGUGCUUUUUCUGGUCAUGGUUGAGAAACGUGUGGCCUUGGUUAAUGUUCCUAGGUCUCAAGUGUGGUUUAAUUUAAUCCUGAUGAUAGCAAUGUGGUCAAUAGGAUUGAAAUCCACCAAGAGUGAUGGAAAGAUAAGCAUAGGACAAAUGCAUCAGUUGCUGCAAUGGUUGGACUCCAGAGCAUUGCAUUGACUCCUGGCUCCAGUGUGGUUGUUUUUUUUUAAAAAGCAUACUCCCCUUCCCCAGGCCAUGGCAGUCUGCAAUGCUCAUUUCGGGGUAAGCUUCACUGCAACACUUACUCAUUUGUGCCCAUUUGUGUUUGGCUGCUAUUGAAAGGAACGAAGAUUGUAUGACUAUAAAGCCAUGAGCUAUCUUAUUCAGCCUAGGCUGUACUGGUCCAGAUAUGAAGCACCAUUUAUUGCAUAAGCUAAAUUAAUUCUGCACUCUUCUCAGUGUAGAUGUGUAUAUUUUAAACCAUGUCGAGGUUUUUUCUUUUGCGCAAUGCCACGUAUUGCUUUCUGGAGAACAUCCAGGAAUGUAGGCAGAUGAAGGAGGUAUAUUUUUUGGCUUGGGCAGGGAGGGACAUUGGAAGAGUUAUUGCAAGUUGGAUGACUUAUUUGCACAAUUGUUUCAUUUGAUUUUACAACCAAUAUCUGUUGUUGGGAGGUGGGUUGGGUGGGGUAUGGGUGUAAUGUACUUUUUUUAAUUGUUGUGCAUAAUCCCGAGCUUUGUAGAUACUUUGCUUACCGUAUAAAUAACUUGUACUUUUGGUUGGAAGCCUGACUACAGAGUAAAAUUUAAACCUCCCUCUGCUAAACACAAGAUAUUAUUUUCCAGGUUGGGGAGCUCUGUGAAUACUGCCUUUUCACAAGUCUUUCAAGCUUUGCAUUCUUUUUGUGGAUGUAAUAAGGGGAGGGGCGGGUGGUUAAAAUAAGACAAGUGUACAUAGUUUGAGAUGUAAAAAAAAACAGAAUAAAUUCGUACUGGGUUUCUGAACUGAAAUGGCUUUUUUGUGGUUGUACAUUUCUCACCUCAUAUUUAGAUAUCACUGAACCUUACACCCUUUAAACCGUUUACCUACAAAUUGUUCCAUUUUUAACCAGCUUCUACACCCCUGUGGUUAUGGAGUCAAAAUGUCUCUCAGAAUACAGCCAACUCUGGAAGAGCCAGUUGAAGAAUGACACCAGCUGAUACUAUUUCACUACAUGGGAAUGAAAAGAGAAUGUCUUGUCCUUGAGCCAUCUUUCAGGCGAGACAUUACACUACAUUGCCAGAGCAAUAUGGGUAAUCCUCUCAGAAGGGCAGGUGAGAUUUCUGUCCAGUUUUGGACUGUAUUUCUCCAACACCAUUGGAAAAAAUUCACAAACGUGAAAAUCUGCUGGAGAUCCAAGCAACACACACAAAAUGCUGGAGGAACUCAGCAGGUCAGGCAGCAUUUAUAGAAAAGAGUAAUGUCGAUGUUUCAGGCUGAAACCCAGCAUUAGUCCUGCUGAAGGGUUUGGGCCUGAAACAUUGACCAUACUGUACUCUUUUUCCAUAGAUGCUGCCUUGCCUGUUGAGUUCCUUCAGCAUUUUGUACUGGAAAAAUAUGAUCUGGUCAUUAUUCCGUUAUUAGCUGCCACAUUCAUGCAUUGCAACACUGCACUUCAAUUUAUUGCUUGGUUGAAACACUUUGGGCAGCUUGGUUUCAGGAAAGCUACAGAAACGUGAGUCUUUUUUAAAGAAAUGUUUAACUUUUAUUUAUCCUGUAUCAGUAUGAUAAUAUCCAGGUUUUAAUAUCCCUUCUACCAUCAAAUUUCUGAAACGUCCAAGAACAGAAUCUCAAAGUCCUCUUCUGCACUAUAUUUAUUAUGUUGUUCCUUUCUGUGCCUAAUGAUGCAUCAGGCAGUAACCUUACCAUGUCUUUAGCACUUUUUUUUAUUGAGGCAAGGUUACUAGCUCAAUGCUCAACCCAGCACAGAUGGAAGGAGCUGGACAGAUUCAAACCUGGGACCACUCUCCUUGAAGUUGGGUGUAGAUGCCAUUACACCACCGGCUGGCUCUAUUUAUUAUACUUGCAAUGAUUUUUUUAAUGUCAUGCAUUGUUAACUGCUACUACGAAAAAUGCACGUUCAGACGGAGACAUAAUGUAAAGAUUCUUACUCGAAUGUAUGUGAAGGAUGUAAGAAAUAAACUCAAUUCAAUUCAAUUUUGUGACAUAUAUCAGUGAUAAUUAACCUGAUUUUGGUUACCUAUGAUGGAUAGCUCUUAAGAAAGAUAUCCUUGUCUCAUAUCCCCACUCAUGUUCGGUUUUAAAAUGUAAUUACUUUCAGUUUUCAUAGUAGGCAAAAAGACAAGAUCUUGAUCAUUUGGGUUGAGGGAUGUUAACAAUUCUGCAUUAGUCAUGGCAUGGAUAGUAAAUGCAGUUUUAGAAUUUUGUUACAUUUUACAGAUCAGUUUCUGGACUGAAUCUGUCGAUGUAGGAAUAAUAGAGUCCUUUCCAAUAAAAAGAUUUCUCCAGACUUGGAUUUCCACUGACUAGGAAGAAAUCUUUCUUGAAGAAUAUUAAUUUAGUUUGCAGCUCCCUUCAAGUAGCAGAGUUGGUGAACAAAGCACUCAGGUAAUGUGCAUGUGCUGAGGUACUUGAGAAUGAGUGAAAUGAUGGUAGCUGGAACUGCUGUCUGUUACGGUUAAUUGCACACACAGUUCUGAAUCACCUAAUGGUGCAAGUCCUACUCUGAGACUUGAAUACUUAAUCCAGGCUGACAUUACCCCCAAGGGACUAUCACACUGCUGGUGAUAAGGUUUAUAAAAAUGAGAUGUGAACUCUCUCAGGUAAAUGUUUUGAGGAAUUCUGCUUCAUUAUUAUCUGUGUUGACAUUGCUAACAUCUGCAGAUCAUGAAGACCCCUAUAUGUCUUGGAAUGUAGAAAAUCAGCAAAGAUUCCUACUGCUAAGAGCAGGGAAGGUUCAGGCAUAAAAGGGAUAUACUGCUUAGUAGAGCAGUCAUCGACGUAGUGAUCUGAGGCAAAGCAGUAGGACUUUGGCAAUAACGGGUCAAGGCAAGGUAAGUUACCUGUGAGGAAUGGACGCAAGAAAUAUGUUUGUGAGGCCGGUGUUCUGUGCCAGGUGCAUUGAGUUGCAGGUCCUUAGGGACCGGGUUAGGGAACUGGAGAUGCAGCUUGAUGACCACCUUCUGGUCAAGGAAAGUGAGGAGGUGAUAGAGAGGAGCUAUAGGCAAGUAGUCACCCCGGGGACUUGGGAGACAAGUAAGUGGGUAACAGUCAGGAGAGGGAAGAGCAAGAGUCUGAUACCAGAGAGUGUGCUAGAGGUGCGGCCACUGUUGCUUCCUGCAGGUAGCCCUCCCCCCAAACAGGGGUACUUAGUUAAGGGAGACAGCCACAGAGAUACAGUCUGGCCCUGUGGCUCAGAAGUGUAGGAAAAGGAAGGAGGCGGCAGUGAUAGAAGACUCUAACAGGCAGUUUUGUUGUUGCAUGAAAGAAACAAGUGGUAGUUUGCCUCCCAGGUGCCAGGGUCCGGGAUGUUUCUGAUCACAUCCACAGUAUCCGAAUGUAUCAACAACAUAGCUAGGAAAAGGGAGGAGGUAUUGAAAACAGACUACCAGGAGUUAGGAAGGAAGUUGAGAAGCAGGACCUCAAAGGUAGUAAUCUAAGGAUUAUUGCCUGUGCCACACAACAGUGAGUACUCUAUAGGAAUAGUGUGUGAAGGAUAAAUGCAUGACUGAGGGAUUGGAGUGGGGGCAGGGAUUCAGAGUUCUGGAUCAUUGGGUCCUCUUGGGGCAGGUGUGACCUGUACAAAAAGGACAGAUUGCACUUGAAUCCGAGGGGGACCAAUAUCCUGGCAGGGAAGUUUGCCAAGGCGAUUGGGAGAGUUUAAACUAGAAUCGCUGGGGGGUGGGAACUGAACCGAAGAGACAGAGGAAGGGGCAGUUGGCUCACAAAUAGAGAAAGCUUGGAGAUAGUGCAGGAGGGAAGCUAGGCAAGUGAUGGAGAAGGGAUACAUUCAGACCGAUGGUUUGAGAUGUGUAUUUUAAUACAAGAAGCAUCACGAACAAAAUGGAUGAGCUUAGAGCUAUGAUGUCAUUACAGAGACUUGGAUGGCUCGGGCAGGAAUGGUUAGAGUGCCAAGCUUUAGAUGUUUGAGACAGGACAGGGAGGGAGGCAAAAGAGGUGCUGAUCAGAGGUAGUGUUACAGCUGCAGAAAAGGAGGAAAUAAUGGAGGGAUUGUCUACUGAGUUUCUGUGCACGGAAGUUAGAAACGGGAAGGGGUCAAUAACUACUGAGUUUUUUAUAGACCACCCUGUAAUAACAGGGACACUGAGGAGCAGAUAGGGGGACAGAUUCUGGAAAGGUGUAAUAACGGCUGUGGUAGGAGAUUUUAAAUUCUCAAAUAUUGAUUUGCAUCUCCCUAGAGCAAGGGGUUUAGAUGGGGUGGAGUUUUUUUAGUUCAGGAAGGUGUCCUGACACAAAAUGUAGAUAAACCUAUAAGCGGAGAGGCUGUAUGUGAUCUGGUAUUGGGAAAUGAACCUGGUCAGGUCUCAGAUCUCUCAGUGUGAGAGCAUUUUGGUGAUAGUGAUCACUAUUCUAUCUCCUUUACCACAGCAUUGGAGAGGGAUAGGAACAGACAAGUUAGGAAAGGGUUUAAUUGAAGUAAGGGGAAAUAUGAAGUUAUCAGGCAGGAUCUUGGGAGCCUAAAUUGGGAACAGAUGUUCUCAGGGCAGAAAUGUGGCAAAUGUUCAGGGGAUAUUUGCGUGGUGUUCUACAUAGGUACAUUCCAAUGAGACGGAAAAGGAUGGUAGGGUAUGGGAUGGUGUACAAAGGCUGUUGAAAAUCUAGUCAAGAAGAAAAAAGCUUACAAAAGGCUCAAAAAGCUAGAUAAUGACGGAGAGCUAGAAGAUUAUAAGGCUAGCAGGAAGAAGCUCAAGAAAGAAGUUAGGA